AUGGCCGACAAAAAAGUGCCCAACGAGCCUCCCCCCGAGUACACGGCCUCGCCCGAGAAGGCGGCCCUUCCCAUCAGACAGAGCGCCCCGAUCCGGCGACCGCCGCCGCCCCUCGACCUUCCCAUCCUCAACUACAUCAAGUCGCAUAGAGUAAUCCUGGCUUCUGCUUCACCCCGGAGGAGAGAGCUCCUGGCACGAGUCGGCCUCACCGGCCUCGAGAUCCGGCCCUCGGCCAAGCCCGAGAACCUCUCCAAGGCGCAGUACGGGCCCUUCGAGUACGUCUCCGCCACGGCGCGCCAGAAGUGCCUCGACGUCUACGAGCUCGCCCUCGCGGCGCAGGAGGCCGCCGCGGGCGAGCGCGACGCCGCCGCGACCAAGGCCGAGCGCGAGGCCGUCGCCGUGCCCGCGGACCCGGCGCUCGUCAUCUCGGCCGACACCGUCAUCGUCACGCGCUCGGGCCAGGUCGUCGAGAAGCCGCGCUCCGAGGCGGACCACCUGCGCAUGCUCAAGAUGCUGCGCGACACGCGCGUGCACCGCGUCGUGACGACGGUGUGCGCGCUGGCCCCGCGCGCCGACGCCGCCCACCCGGGCUACGAGAUGAAGUCGCACACCGAGGAGACCAAGGUCUACUUCGCAGCCGACCUGGCCGACGAGGCGAUCGAGAGCUACGUCAAGACGCGCGAGGGCGCCGACAAGGCGGGCGGCUACGCGGUCCAGGGCGUCGCGGGGCUGAUACUGGUGGAGAAGAUCGAGGGCAACCUCGACAACGUGAUAGGCCUGCCUGUGCGCAAGUGUCUGCAGCUCUGCGAGAGGGUCGUCUACAGGCAACGGAAAGACGGGGAGGAGGAGGACAGUGAGGAGAGCGAGGAGGAGUAG